GUGAGAGAAUCCUCCCCUCGUCUCCUCUAAAGGGGUCUCACGCUCCGCGUUGCCAGGUCACUGUUUAAAGUAGCGUGGCGCGGGAGGUGACCUGUGUGGGGGGGACCCGCCCCGCUCGCGCCCUGGAGGGACCACCCCACCUCGGGGUUCGACUCUCUCUCCUCGCCUGCCCCGGCAGGUGGCAGCAGCAGCCGCCGGCAAUCCAUGCCGCGGGGUGGGAGAGUCACGGGCGGAUGGUGGUGACUGUGGCAGUCCCAAAUGAGCACGUGGUGCAGUGUGUAAACAUUGCCACUGGCGGGCAAAGGCGGCCGGGUGCUGCUCACUCACCCCCUCAACAGUCUGAUGAGGCCACACGGGGGAUCGUUCCUUUUGGCGGUUGAGGUGGUUCCAGACACAACACAUUCUCAUCGUGCAGUUUCAUGCAAGAUUCAGAGAGAAAUCCAUGAUGCAGGCCGUGAUCGGCACACAUCGGUCUUGAGCCAUGGAAACUGGACAUGAAACGUGAUGAUGGUGAUCAUGAUAAUGAUAGAUGGACAGCGCGGGCCAGGCGCGCUCGGAGCUCGCCCUCGACUGCGGCGCGGGCAUCGGGCGCAUCACCAAGCACCUGCUGCUGCCAGAGUUCCGCUCCGUGGACAUGGUGGACAUGACCAGGAGGUUCCUCAACAUCGCCCGCAAGAGCUACCUGUGCCGCGACGAGGCCCGGCGCGUCAAUCGCUUCAUCUGCUCGCGCCUGCAGGACUUCAGACCUCCCAGCGCGUCUUACGACGUCAUCUGGAUUCAGUGGGUCAUCGGCUACCUGACCGACGAGGACCUGGUGGAGCUGCUGGUGCGAUGCCGGCGCGCGCUGCGCCAGGACGGGGUCAUCAUCGUCAAGGACAACGUGGCGCGCGAGGGGGUCGUGCUGGACGAGGUGGACGGCAGCGUGGCGCGCGAGCUGCGCGUGCUGCACGGCAUCGUGCGGCGCGCCGCGCUGCGCGUGCUCGCCGAGCAGGAGCAGCGCGACUUCCCCAGCGACAUCAUGCCCGUGUGGAUGUUCGCGCUGCAGUGAAGCACGGGCGGCCGCGGGCGGGGGGAGAGGGCGAGGAGGGGAGCUGACGAGGAGGAGCGGGGGAGGAAGAGGAGAGGAUGAUGAUGAUGAAGGGAGUUGUUGGAGGAGAAGAUUAGAGUGAGCAGAUGAGGAAGAGGAGACGAGUAGGAGGAGGAUUGAGGACCACACGAGGAGGUGUGUGAGGAAGAGGAGGAAGGUGAGAAGGAACAGCAGCAGGAGGAGGGGCGCGUGGUUGUAGAGGGGCACCUGGGAGCAUUGGUGGAUGGGAGUGGUGACCCUGGGUGUGGUUGGAGGAGCUACCUGGGCGAUGAUGCAUGGGGGGGGGGUCCCCAUACCCCCCAAUACCUCCACGCCACCCUCGCCUCGCCGUGCCGUUUGGGCCACGUGAGCGACGUCGCUCUGCAGACAGGAGUGGCAGCACGCGGCGGUGAGCAGUGGUGAGGAGGAGCGCCUCACUGGGUGAGUGUGGCUGUGUGUGGCGCGUGUCCCGUUUGGAAUGUUGGACAAACACACGUACACACGCGUGUACACGCAUCACACACGUGUUACACACACGCACGUGUUACACACACGCACGUGUUGUACACAUAUACAUCACGCUCGCACGUGCGGUUUAAAGUCUCAGCUUCAGGGUGGAGUAAUAAUAGUUUUCGGAGGUCACCAAACACACGCACACGUCCACAGAUGCACCACGAACAUACGCACACGUCCACAGAUGCACCACGAACACACGCAAAGAUCCCCGUGCAAUACUCUUAGUUCUUUCGGUAAA